UCCUCGAAUUGGUGGUUAAAAAAGAAUCUGAUGAGAGAUUGUUUUUGUAUCAUGCAGAGUUGUUAUUUGUAGAGAGAGAGAGAGAGAGAGAUAUGCCAAACCCAUUGCAGAAAUCGCUGCAUGGUUACCUGUCAAAGAUCAAACGAGAGACCGGCAAGCUGCAACUUUCGUCUUCCAAUUCAUUCUCAUCCUCAAAGAAUUGGGUGCUUGGUAAGCAUCCCAAGAAGCUCUCCUUCUCCUUCAAGCACAGACGACGCACCAGCAAGACCAGAUUCAGCAAAGACGACCACGUUUACCAGGACUCUGCUCACGCCGCCACCUUGUCCGACAUUGAUCGUUUCCUUGAAGAGAACUUCAAAUCCCUCUGCAUCAGAGACGACCAGGAGGAGGUAGAGCAUGAAGACCCCUUGGUGACAAAAAACAAGCAGAAACGGGAGUCAUCAUCAGAAGACAGUGAUGAUGAUCGUGACCACUAUCGCCACAGAUUCGAGAGGACAUGGGGAUCACCUGCCGUGUACGACUCCCCGAAACUGCCUCUGAGAAUGGAGAAACUAUCUCCACCCCCUGGCUCAUCAUCCGAGGGCAGCCCUAGCAUGGAAACAACCUCAACUUCCGGGGAGAGACAUUCCAGAUCCACCUUGGUCCUGCCAGAGAACUGCAUCGCCGUGCUUAAAUACACCGAUGAGCCGCAAGAGGACUUCAGGCUAUCGAUGGUCGAGAUGAUGGAGUCCAAGUUAGGGAUGCGGGAAAGGGAAGUGGAUUGGGACUUGUUGGAAGAGCUACUCUUCUGCUAUCUCGAUCUCAACCACAAGAAGUCACACAAGUUCAUACUCAGCGCAUUCGUGGAUCUCAUCAUCGCUCUCCGUGAGAAGGAGAAGAGGAUCACUAGGAAAGGCCUUGUGAGGUCGCUCAGUACUCGCGCCGCCAGGGAGAGGCUGAGGAAGAGGAUGACCAUCAGUGACGACUAACUCUCUUAUGCAAUAUGCAACUUUCGUUCUUUUUUAUUGCAAUUUAAAAACCAAAAAAAAAAAAUAACAAAAAUUGCUUUC